UGGAAGAUUCUCUCCUUGGUGCUGAAGGAGAAGAGCUGUUUGGGACUAUCACCCUUGACAAGCCGCUUCACGAUGACUCAGAAGCUUCUCGUUUAGUCCAGGAUUUUGUUGUGACCGUCUUCAUCAAAUUUCACGAGCAGUCAGAUGUAGUCUAUGAGGCUCUGAAGGUGCGGUCUGAGAAGGGUGCCAUUGUGAUUACCCUUGGGUCAUCAUGUGUGAAGGAGCGUCAAUUGAAGGGAGGCAUGAAUGUGUCAGUGACCGUUCAAUUGUGCAUCAGUCGAGAGCGAUUUCUCUCUAUGCAUCAUGCUGUGGAUAGCUUGAGUUGUAUGGACACUGUUCUUCCCAAAGGACAGCAGCCGAAUAGGUUUCCGGAAGUAGCUGAUGAGGACUGCUUUGAAGGUAUGAACAGGCGACAGGAGCAAGUUGUCCGCCUUAUCAAGUCACUAGGAACAAGAGGAAGUAAAGCUACAUCCUUUAGUGGUCCAACCAUGAUCCUAGGGCCAUUUGGGACAGGAAAGACACAUACUCUGGCCACAGCGAUACAGAGAACUUUGACAGAGAGAAAGGAUGCUAAAUUCUUGAUCUGCACUCAUUCAAACAGUGCUGCUGAUCUGUACAUACGAGAUUAUCUUCAUGGAUUCUGUCAAGAUAGUCCUGAUAUUUGGAUGGUGCGUGUGUACGCAACAAUGCGGAAACUAAGCACGGUUAGAGAUCCAGUGAAGCAAUACAUGCUCAUCGAUGCUGCAGGACCUCGUUUGCCAACCGAAGAGGAAUGUCAAGACUGGGUCUCCAGAAAGGGCCCCAGUAUAGUUGUAGUCACUCUGAGGACAGCGGUGCACCUCACCAAAACAGCUACACUGCGUGGAUACUUCUCUCACAUUGUGAUAGACGAAGCCGGGCAAGCCCUAGAGACGGAGGCCGUCAUUCCGCUAGCCCUAGCAACAGAGGAUACAAGUGUUGUGCUGGCUGGCGAUCCGAAACAGAUGAGCCCACAGGUGCACUCUCCCCGCACGAAAGGGGCCAAGUUCGACAUGUCCCUGCUGCAGCGUCUUUUCAAAUAUGACAAACAGAAUGACUGCCACGCCAGCUGCAACCUCACCAUCAACUACAGGAGCUGCCAACCCAUCCUAGACUUCUUGAAGGUGCACUAUCGCACAUCCUUCAUAUCAAAUAGCACCAGCAGUGACCACCCCAACCUCUUUCCUCUCAACUUUGUGGACGUGCGGGGGGAGGAUCAGCUUGUUGGGACAUCAUACAUGAAUGCAGAGGAAGCAAAGAUAAUUGCAGAAUACGUCGCUUCAUUGAUGAAGCACUGGCCUGAAGAGUGGGAUAGACCCAAACAGAGUGACGUUGUGGUACUAUCACCUUACAGAGCUCAGGUCGAGGUAAUCCGAAAAGAGAUGAGGAAGAGAGGCCUACACGCUGUGACGGUUGAGACAGUGCAGAAUGUGCAAGGGAAGCAGUAUCGCGCUGUCUUUCUGAGCACUGUGAGAACGAGAUCCUCGUUAAAUAAGAUAGACACCACGUCCCUCCCCCAAGUAGGUGACCGAAAUGUGGGAAACAAGUUCUGGUAUGGAUUCCUUUCAGACAAAGGGCUUCUGAACACAGCUUUUACCCGUGCACAGUCUCUCAUAACUGUCAUGGGUGAUCCUGUAGCAAUCUGUUCAGCAGGGGAAUGCCAGAAGACAUGGAAGAGAUACAUCAUGACAUGCGAGAGGAAUGAUGCCAUCCAUAGUAAACAAGGCCUAACGAUGGCUACUGUCCAGAAUGAGAUUGCAAAUGCCAAACGUCUGCUCAACCCUAGUGCAAAAGCAUUCGUUCCUAGAGAUUCCGCUCACAGUGCAGCCGGCAGGGGAACCCCUCACAUUGUAACUGCAAGACCUACAGUCAGUAGAGCAAUUGAAGUGCCAAGUUGCUCUCCGAGGACUGGAAAGCAACAUAGAAGUGCCAGUGAAUACCCUGUACCUGGUGCCGGUUUUGCUGCGUCUGCAGCUGAUGAUGAAGACGAGGAGGAGGAGGCCCCGCUUGUUGAUGAAUGGCUUCAAGAACUGAAGAUUCAAGUGAAUGAGGACAUGGCUGAGGAGUAUAGGAGAUUACAUCCAGAGGUGUCGGCCGAAGAUCAAGGGGAAGAGGCUGCAUCAGGACAAGAAUCUGAUGGCCGAGAUGCCAUACAUAUACAGGAGCUAGAAGCUGGAGUAAGAUUACAGACCGCACAAAGAGGGGAAACUACACCAUCUGCAACAAGAGCUACAGUACCAAGUGUAACAAACCGUACGAAUAAACAUGUGCUACAGAACCUACGCAUAGUGGAGAGAGAAGGUCGUUAUGUCCUUCUACAAGAUGAUUCAUAUGAUUCAGAUGAUCCAAAUGAUGUAAGAGUGGAUACCUCUUGUGAGGCACAAGAGACUGAUGUUGAAGAACUUCGUCGCAAAGCUGUUCAAAGCCCUGACAUGUACAAGGUCUGUAUCUUCCGCCAAGAAAUCACUGGACGUACAUAUGCUGUCCCCCAAGACAGAAAGUCAGGCGAUGAGAUACCCAUCAUGAAUGUAAAGCGUCGAGGACAUGCCCUCAACAGUGAUAAGAUUCUUAUAGAGGUCUUAACAAAUGAGGAUGAGCAAGAAGUUGAAGAAGAUGAUGAUGCCAAACAAGAAAUAAAGAUCUCUGGAAGGGUAGUAGGCAUCAUUGAACACAAUGCUAAUCUCCAGUUACAAACGUUUGUGUGCCACAUUCAUCCUCAGAAUGAUAAUGUUAUGGUGCCUAUUGACCGUUCGUCUCCUAAUAUGAUUAUCCUGGGAAGGGGAAGAAGAUGCGCUUCAGAGAAUAAUGCAGCUGUCGUUACACUGUUUGAGAGUUUGACAAAAACACGAACUGAAUGCAGCUCUAGAAAAGAUGUAGAGGUUACACAAGCGGAGAGAAAUCAUAAACUCUUUGUUGUUCGCUAUAUCGUGUGGCCCCAAAAGGCUCAAUAUCCACUGGGAGCAGCUGUUGAAGAGUUGGAUCAUGGCGAUACAGAACAAAAGGGGCUUAACAUCCUUCAACUUGUGCAUGGCAUCAUAACUCAAUGUAAGCCAGCUGCAAGAGAACAAAUGCAGCAAGAUUUCCCUGAAGGAUGGAGUCUUCCAGAUAAAGCUGUUCAGAAAAGAGAAGAUUUCCGAACGACAAGGACCAUCUUCACUGUGGAUCCUCCUGGGUCCACAGACUUGGAUGAUGCCAUCAGCUGUGUCUGUCUACCUGGACAGCGCUAUGAAGUUGGUGUACACAUUGCAGAUGCGUCCUACUUCAUUCAACAGGACAGUUCAAUGGAUAAAGAUGCCUACAAGAGGGGUACAACAUUCUACCAUCCAUUCCAAAGUGAUGCUUAUCAUAUGCUGCCAAAGGAUGUGAUCUCAAGGCUUCUAAGCUUGCUCCCGGAACAGGAUAGACUUGCAUUGUCAGUCAUUUUCACUCUUGAUCAUGAAGGGCAGAUCGUUGCGGAGCCUAUGUUUAGAAGGUCCGUGAUUCGAUCAUGUCAGAGACUUACCUAUGACGAGGCAGAGGAGUUGAUUUUUGACAGCAGCAAUACUUGUGAUCUAUACAUGCGUGUUGCAGAACCUAUUAGGUACUUAUAUGAGCUGUCAAAACAUCGCCGAAAGCAGCGAUUGGGAGAUGGACAGAUGGUAUACAAUGCUGAUGACGAUGAUGGAGGGGCACUUUCUUCUCCACAUGCCCACAGCGUAAUCGAAGAGCUGAUGCUGAUGACCAAUAAUGCUGUUGCUGAACAAGUUCUUACCAGGUUUCCUGAGUGUACACCACUUCAUAGGCAGCUGGCACCAUCGCAAGAGAAGGUAGAGACAUGGAAAAGAUGUCAUGAUAACACUGCAAGAAACAGUAUUCGUCUUCCUGAACUUGUGAAUCCUAAUCACAAUGAUGCAGUUCAUGACGUUCAAGAAGAAAAUCAAGGUGGAGAAGACGUCCUAGUUGCUGCAGAAGUAUGGGAGAAGGUCAAAGAAUGCUGUGAAUCAAAAAAUGCAUCGAGAAGUCAUAUGGAGGAUAUGGCUAAUCUCAUACUUCAAGAUGAAAACCACCCACAACAUGCAGUGGCUCAGUCUAACCUGUACGCCAUCAUGGAAUCUGCAGAAUACGUCGUAUCAACAAGCGAAACCACGCCAGAAAAGCAAGAACACUAUUCUCUGCAGAUGAGAGCGUAUACUCAAUUCACCUCACCCAUCAGACGUUACAUUGACCUUGUUGUGCAUAGGAUGCUUGUUGCUUGCAUGGAGAAUAGCAAAUGCCCUUACACUGCUGAGGAGAUGGCUGAGAUCACCCAUCAUUACAACAAUCAACAUACCAAAAGUAAGCGCUUCGGCAUAGCCACAAAAGAGCUGAAGUUGGCUCUGAAGCUCAAGGAAGCUCCUCUUCAGGUAACAACGUUUGUAGAAGGGAUCACUGAGUCAUCCAUGAAAUUGCUUAUCCCGUAUCGUAGAUACAUCCAAUCUAGGCGGAGAGUAAUUCCCUUUAGUAUUCUGAAGCCCUCCGAGAAACCAGUAGUAAAUAAAGGUCUCACAGAUGUUCAAGUUAAAUGGAAGUGUAGCAUGUAUGACUACAGCAGGAAAUGCCGAGCAGAAUCACCAGCCAGCACUAGAGUCACAUGUUCAGACGUUCCUGUCACAAUUCCAAAGGACAAAUGGCAAGAGAUCCUGCAAUCGAUCAAGAGUAUGUAUAGGGAUGGAAACUUAGAGGAAGUUCGGACUGCCAUUGAGACAGCACAGAUCCAUGCCCAAGGUAGUGAGAACCCCUUCUCACAGAGGAGAGGAAAUCAGGAUGACAGGUCAGAACAGAGGGAAGCGGGAGUUAUGCGUUUCCAACGAAGCUACAAGUUGGGUGAUCCCUGCAGGGUCCAGAUGCAUGCACAGAUGAUGAAGGGUAUGCUUACUCCAAAAGUACAACUCUUCAACAUGACUCCUCACUUGGAUAUUUGUGCAGAGCAUCGAUCACAACCCGUUCAGUGCUUCUCAAGGAUAGCCACUGACAUUCCAGGCAAGGAGAACAACAUUACAGCAUACAAGUCAAAAUGGCUUCAAAUCCUGUCUAUGAUCUCCUGCCACAACGCAGUCAGCGAUGAUGACACCAUCAUUAUACAGAAAGUGCCAAUCACAUGGCAGAAAACUUCAAGUGAGUUCACAGGUCACUUUCAGUUAGAUAAGAAUUUCCUUGAAGUUAACCACAUAAAGAUCUGGAAAACAAAAGAAGAAAUGAAGAGCAAUUAUCAUUACCUGUGCAUACACCUGGUCAAUCUUGACGUGGAAACCAAGCCUCUGCUACAGAUCAAGGGGUAUGAUAACCGAGAACGCAGACAUCAUGUAGGUCCAUUCAAUGCUAAAGACUGGGAGAAGCAAACGUGUGUUCUCCACUGCAGGAUAUUGACAGGCGAGGAUUCUCAGCAUUGUCGCACAUGCCAACAGCUCCUUCGUACAAAUUCAAAGUCACUUCCAGUCCACUUUGUAGUGCAUCAGAAGUCCGUGCCACUUCCAGAAAAGAGUAAUGAUCAUCAUGUUGCAAGUACUGUGGAGUUCAUUUCUAAACCAGAGCCAAACAGACGAGAAGAAGUGGCUGUAAAUGGUGUGGACUCAGAGAGGGUGCCGGUGUUGGUACAAGACAUCGUCUUGCAACGAGACAUCGUCUUGCAACGUCCGAAUCAUCCUGAUUGGCACUUAGCUAAUUUCCUUAGAAUCCUCCAAAGGGAAUCCCAAGCGUUAGCGCUCACAGACCUGCGUGUACCAGAGUCGACACUGCAUCCGUUGAACCCUUCCCAGCAAGCUGCUGUGAAGAAAGCUCUCCAAAAUACAUUCUCUGUCAUUCAAGGACCCCCUGGCACUGGAAAGACUGUAACAGGAGCUUACCUUGCGUACUUCUUCACUCGUCUCAAUCAGAAACUACCAGCUAGCAAAAUGCGUCCACAGGUGCUGUACUGUGGACCUUCAAACAAAUCGGUGGAUGUUGUAGCCGAUAAUCUCAAGAAGUUCCAAAACAUCUCCAUUGUGCGAGUCUACAGUAAGCAAAUCGAGCAGGAAGAGUACCCCAUCCCUGGUGAUAAGCCGUCCAGGAAAGAAGCCUCUAUGUCAGAGGGGCUGUCAGACAUUGCGCUUCAUCGCUUGAUCAGGAAGCGUGGAAAGCCUCAUGCAGAAGAACUGGCGGCAUACGAGAGGAAAUUUCACACAUAUCCAGGUGAAAUACUUCCCAAGGAAAUCAAACACUACAAAAGCAAGAUAUUUUUGGCCACGAGAAAAGAACUAAAGAACCAUCACAUAGUCCUGUGUACCUGUAAUGCCGCUGGAGCGUCUCGCAUCUCAGAAUCCACCCGUAUUAUCCAGGUGAUUGUUGAUGAGGCUGGGAUGUGCAGCGAGCCAGAAACUCUGAUCCCUCUGGUUUCAGUGAAACCCAAACAAGUGGUACUGGUCGGAGAUCAUCAACAACUCAGGUCAAUAAUCACAGAGCCAAAUGCUAAGCAGCUUGGAAUGGAUAUCUCACUGCUAGAAAAAUACAAAGAAAAAGCCGAGAUGCUUACCAUCCAGUACAGAAUGCACCAGCGGAUAUGUGAAUUCCCAUCCUUGGCGUUCUAUGAUGACAGACUGGAGACGGCAGAUUCUGUAAAGGGGCGUGGCCUUGACCCCAUCCACAGUAUCUGGCCCAACAAUGGCGAGAUGCCUAGAGUCUUCUGCCAUGUGAAUGGACGAGAGGACACCCUCUCAGUGAAGUCAGAAGAAGGCAACGAGGGUUCAAAGAGUAACGGUGCUGAGAUUAAACACGUGAUCAGAAUCGUUCGAGAGAUGAUCAGAAGAAGGGUGUCACCCGAGAAGAUCAUCGUCUUGUCUCAGUAUAGCCUCCAGUGUACAAAGAUUGAAGAAAGGCUUCGAAAUGACAGCAAUGCAUCUCUCCAAAAGAUAAAUGUCAGCACGGUGGUUAGUAGUCAAGGGAGUGAGUGGGACUAUGUUGUCUUCUCAACCGUGCGCUCCAAACCUCGGAGUGAGAUUGACGAAAAGCCAAGCAAAGGCUGGCAGAAGAGACAUCUUGGAUUCAUUAACGAUGAUAACCAGAUGAAUGUUGCCUUGACAAGGGCCAAACGAGGGAUUGUCAUUGUCGGUAACAAGUAUCUACUGCAAUGCCAAGACAAAUGGAGGACAAUGCUAAGUAUGUAUGAAAAGGAUAACUGCCUUUUUGAAGCUCAGGACUUCCUUCCCUCCCAAAAGUAA